AUGAAUCGUCCAAAGAAAGGAGGAAAAUAUGUAUCCGCCAUCUUCAUUCAUGCUGGCGCCGGCUAUCACCGUCGCGACUUCGAGAAGCCCCAUAUGAAAGUGUGCGAAGGCGCGGCUAAGAUGGCGAUGGGCAUACUUCUUAACGGCGGAUCUGCUGUUGACGCCGUCGAGAUCGCGAUCAUGUACCUCGAGGACGCUGAAAUCACCAACGCCGGCUACGGCAGUAACACCACUAUCGAGGGCACCGUCGAAUGUGAUGCUAGCGUGGUCGACCACCUUGGACGGAGCGGGGCUGUCGGUGCCGUCGCGCAGGUGAAGAACCCCAUCUCACUCGCGCGCGCUAUCCUUGAUGCAUCGAAGGAACCCCUAACAUUACACCGAGUGCCUCCGAACUUCCUUGUUGGCCCCGGUGCUACGGACUAUGCAUAUGAACAAGGGCUCGUUGUUCUUCCUCAUGACGGUCUCAUAUCCACACCGGCAAGGCAGAGGUGGCUGCAAUGGCAGAAAGAGCUUAAAGAAGCGGACAGCCGACAACGAGCCCGGUCCCAAGGCUCGAACGACAUUGAUAAUGCGUAUUAUCGUCGCCCAGUAAGGAGUUUUCCCGCUCAGUUGUCAGCGAGCCCUUCCAGCUCAACUACUCCAAUUAGCCCUCAGAUAGGCAACCCAGCCGGUGGGAUGCAGUCCCUUCCAGAUGUCCAGGUUCCAUCUGAAAAGGUAAAGGCCAAAAGUGAAACUUCAAGCGGUGGUGUGUCUCCAAUUCGAUCGAGCAUCAGCUCGUUUAGAAACACGAUUUUCCAGCCCAAUCCGCUGAGGGCUAGCAUGCAUGCUGGACAGAUGGAUGUCGAUUCGCCGCCAGUUGCAUCUCAUGGCCGCGACGGCUCCCUCCCCGAUCUCUUUGGCUGCACAGAGGACCGUGUAAGUGAUACGGUGGGCGCUAUAGCUGUGGAUAGUUAUGGACACAUCGCAGCUGGAUCUUCCUCUGGUGGAAUAGGAAUGAAGCACAAAGGUAGAAUUGGACCUGCGGCACUUAACGGAAUCGGCACCAGUGUGAUCCCUGUCGACCCGAAUGACCCUGCAAAGACCUGUGUCGCAACUGUCACUUCUGGUACUGGCGAGCAUAUCGCUACCACUAUGGCUGCCAGCACCUGUGCUUCCCGGGUUUACUACAGUCAUCGGAAACGCCCCGAUGGUACUUUUGAAGAAGUCAUUGAGGAUGAAGCCAUGGGAGCAAUGAUCGCCAAGGACUUUAUGGCUCACCCCGGCGUAAGGCAAAGCCAUUGCGAAGGUUCCGUCGGGAUCAUGACCGUCAAGAGGACAGUAGAUGGAAUAUACCUAUACUUCGCACACAACACCGACUCCUUCGUCCUCGCAAACAUGAGCAGUGAAGACAAGAAACCGGCUUCUGUCAUGUCUCGCAGCAACGGGCACGGAAGCAUUGCGCAAGGUGGAAAAGCCUUUAGAAUCAAGAAGACUGCUUGA